AUGUGGCACGAAGAGCUACUAUCAAUACCUAACUUUUUAGCCGCUGGCUUUUUUCUUAGUCUUUUCGCUGUCAGCUCUCUUUUUUUGUAAGUCUCAAUUAUUUAAAGAAUAGGUCCAUUUUUUUCGUUUAUUUUUAAAUUUAGACUAUCAUAUGCUACACCAUGGGUUGGCCGCAAACGGAAAGAGUUCGUGGGCUCUCAACCCAUUUAUCGCUCGUCUCCGAAGCAAAAGUUUGUAUUUCUUUCUUCUUAAACUGGUUCUUCUCAGCUUUCACAACCUUCUGAAUGAAGAUCCUUCUGUUGGUAGACGGUACACACCGUCUGAAGUAUACUUGUCUGUGGUUAUUCCAGCAAUGAAUGAAAAGGUCUGUUGGGUCAACGAUUAACUCGUUUUUAAAUGUUUGUUCAUUCAGGAACGACUACCCGUAAUGCUCACAGACUGUUUUGGAUAUUUGAAUGAACGCAAGUCGAAAGAAUCCAAGUUCACUUAUGAGGUAUUGUGAACCUGAGUGAAUUUCCUUAGCUAACUUGAAGGUAAUUAUUGUUGACGACGGAAGUAAUGAUGGCACAGCGGACUUGGGUGUUCAGUGGAGGGCCAAUUACCCAGGAAUAAUCAAAGUUUUGAAGCUUGAAAAGAAUUACGGGAAAGGUGACUCAUUGAAAAUUUUCAAUAACCGAACUUGAUUAGGCGGUGCUGUUCGAAUGGGAACUUUGCAUUCUCGUGGACAGAUGAUUCUUUUCGCCGACGCAGAUGGCGCGACGACGUUCGAAGACUACGAGAAACUCGAGAAGGAGAUGAAGCUUUGCGGAGGAGGCGAACCUUUCGACGAGUCUUUUCCUAUCGUUGUCGUCGGCUCGAGGUACGCGUAAGCUUGAAAAAAAAAGGGAAGAAAGGAAAAAAGUUCUAACAAUAACAAAAAAAAAUAAACACUUAAAGUUAGCUGAUAUUUGGAGAAAGGAUUAUGAAGUAGACUCAUAGACGACAGUUUUUUUUUUUUCAUUAAAAAACAUUGCAAACGAUGCUUUCGUAACUAGAUAAAGCUGUAUCGAGGGACGUUUUGCGACUCGGGAAAAUGAAUAAAAUAAUCAAUUACAGUAAAAAAAAAAGAUAGAGGCGUAUCAUACACGUAAUUUAGCAAGGUGUCGCCGGUUUUAAUUUCGUUGAAGUUUUUGUAGGCGCAGUAGUUCAGUGUGCCUCAGAGAGGCAAAGAGGAUUCGAUAUAAUUUUUAAAUUGCUCAAAUGUUCUGUCAGCGCGAUGCAAGAAAGACUAUUGGAUUUUCCAACAGUUUGGUACUGAUUAGGAAAAAAGGACGAAAAGUCAAAAUUUGGCUGUCAGUAAAUGUACUCUGAGAUUUUAGUUAUAUGAUAGGGUUUGAAAAAACUAUUAAUUUUGAGGCUCAGCUUUGUAGCAUCUUUGCAUUACUCUCAUCGGUUUCGAUUUCAUCAGGGCUCAUCUCGAAGCACAAUCCCGAGUCGAGAGAUCUGUUUUUCGGACGAUUCUGAUGCACGGAUUCCACUCUCUCGUUUACCUGUUCGCUGUCAAAACAAUCAGCGACACGCAAUGCGGAUUUAAACUUUUCUCCAGGUCAUCCGCUGCGAGGGUGAGUUGCUCCUUUCUUUUCAGUAAUGAUCGUCUGUUCGAUGUAGAUCUUCCCCGUUCUGCACAUCGAACGCUGGGCUUUUGAUGUUGAGCUGCUCUAUUUAUGCGAGAAGUGGAAAAUCCCAGUUCAAGAGGUCGGCUAUUCAUUCAAUUGAAAAUAUACUACUCGGGAACAUGAGCUAUUAACAGAUGACAUAGCACAAAGAAGCAGUCAGUGGGAAGUGCACAAGAAAACUUUAAAAGUUUCAAAAUAAUACUUUUAAACAUUUUUUGAGAAACCAAGAACCUUUUUUUUCGUGUAACAUUAUGAUCUCAAGUUGUAGUUUCCGAACGAGAAAAAGCAUGAUAUGAAAGUUUUAGAGCAUUUUUCGCAAUUUUCUUGGGUUUUUCCAUUAUGCUCUUUCGGAUUCGGCAGAUAUAAUCUCUCCUUUUUGAGCAAUACAUUCCACUUCAAAUGAUCAUUCAGAGAAAUAAUUUGACUUAUCAUAUCUAUUUUAAUUCAGGUCAGCGUUAGAUGGAGGGAGAUCGACGGAUCCAAAAUCACUCCAGUGAUCUCUUGGCUUCAGAUGGGGCGUGACCUCCUCCUGAUUUGGUUCAGAUACACGGUAAUUAUUCAAAUUUAUUUUAAAAUAAAUCAAUAUUUUAAGGUCGGGCUGUGGACAGAUCGGCAGCCAGAAUAA